GAUCUAGCAAACCGACAUUAAGGCGAACGCUUUUAGCGGAUAUCAUGGCCCUUUCUCGUCGCGCGUUGUUGACCGAACUGCGGUUGCCAUGUGCCCUGGAUGUGUGGCGCGGCGGUGUGGCGUCUUUACCGUAACUGUCGGAAUUACGUACCGCCGACCUUGCAUCCGCCGCAUCUCCAUGUGAGCUUGUGAGCUCAACAUCACCAAACAGUUCCAUCUCUGCCACUCCAUCGCACGCUCCACCUCACGACCGGCGCGUACAAAUCACCUCAAAUCAUCGCGUAUACCACCAGGACUCAGUGAACCACCAUGGCUGUCCCGGAAACGAGCUCGCGGAUAGCGGAGGCGCAGAAGCUGGCCAAGUCGGAUCCCUCCAAGGCCGAGCAGAUCUUCAAAGACGUCCUAUCACAAGAUCCAGGCCAGAAUGAGACUGCUAUCAAGAACUAUGAGAGUGCUUUGAUCGGGCUUGGUGAGCUGUACCGUGACCAGAAGAGGGUGGAUGCGCUGGCGGAGCUGGUCAAGCAGGCGCGGUCCAUAAUGUCGUCCUUUGCUAAGGCGAAGACAUCCAAGUUGGUCCGACAACUACUUGACCUGUUCACCGCCAUCCCCAACACUGUCGACAUCCAGAUCGACGUCACCAAGUCAUGCAUAGAGUGGGCCGUGUCAGAGCGGAGAGGUUUCCUUCGGCAGAACCUAGAAACCCGACUCGUGUCCCUGUACAUGCAGAAGCAAUCCUAUUACGAAGCCCUCACACUCAUCAACAGCCUACUGAAGGAGUUGAAGCGCUUGGACGAUAAGUUGGUCUUGGUCGAGGUUCAGCUCCUCGAAUCAAGAGUUUACCAUGCAUUGGGCAACAUACCAAAGGGUCGCGCUGCCCUCACAUCGGCACGGACUUCAGCUGCUUCAGUCUACACCCCGCCUCUGCUGCAAGCCGGGCUGGAUAUGCAGAGUGGUAUGCUGCAUGCAGAGGACGGCGACUUCAACACGUCGUUCUCCUACUUCAUCGAAGCUAUGGAGGGGUACCACUCACAAGACGAAGAACAGAAGGCUACUUCAGCACUCCAGUACAUGCUGCUGUGCAAGAUUAUGCUCAACCUUGGAGACGACGUCACCUCGCUCAUGACUUCCAAGCACGCUGUCAAGUACGCGGGCAAGCGGUUAGAGGCCAUGAAGGCCGUAGCGCGAGCACACACCAAUCGCAGUCUUGAAGAGUACGAGACGGCCUUGACCGACUACCGUCAGCAGCUCGGCAGCGACCGCUUUAUCACCUCCCAUCUCCGACGCCUGUACGACAACAUGCUGGAGCAGAACCUGAUCAAGGUCAUCGAGCCCUUCAGCAGAGUAGAGAUUGACCACGUCGCCAAGAUGGUCGGGCUCGACACGAUACAAGUUGAGCGCAAGCUCUCGCAGAUGAUCCUUGACAAGGUCAUCAUUGGAGUCUUAGACCAGGGCGCGGGUUGUCUGAUCGUGUACGACGAGUCAGAGCGUGACCAAGGCUAUGACGCGGCACUCAGUACACUUGAAAAGCUGAGCAACGUGGUCGAUGUGCUCUACACCAACCAAGCCUCUCUGCUGGAGUAAGACACGUGGAAAGGGGAACUUUGACAGCUCCCAAAGCGAUGUACAAUAGAAGCAUAGAUGGUUAAGCAUGCUAUACCUGCAAUGCGACUAGCUAAUAACGAUGACAUAUGACAUGGUAA